CACAGGACAUCUAGUCGUAAUCUUUCCCAUGAGGUUAAAUUGUAAUACACACCCAUUGAAACGAAAGUAAUUAUUUCCAUUUUGAAUAUCUGCUUCUCAAUUAAAAUAUGCAUUCUAUGCAUCUCCAUUUCCAUUGCAAGUGAAAGAAUGCUGUAAUUUUUGCCUUAGCAGUUGCAGUUUUCUCUUGCUCCCUCCUCCUCUACAUCCUCUCAACUCUGUUCCUGGUUAUUGAAUAUUCAAUUGCCUCUUUCUCCAGCUUGAUCUGUGAUCCUUUAAUCCAGCUGCCCUAGAAAUUUUACCAACCCAGAUCAGCUCAGAUCUCUCUCACAGAUUAAGUCAAAUUCCUGAAAGGUUUGCAUUCUUCUUUUUCAACACUUUUUUCUUUGUCCUAUUUUUACCCUUUGAACAAUUAUGCUAGGAUUUGUUUGUUUAUGGGAAAUUUAGGACAAGCCUCUAUGAAAUAAAUGAAGGCAAAGGAAUUCCAGUAAAUGUAAUAAGGUUGCUAUUAAUAAAUACCUUCAUUUUAUUCUUAAAAUUUCCCCUAAUUUAGAUUAGCAAUAUAUUCCAAUAAUCAGCAAAAAUCAGGACUUCAUUUAUACUAGACGAGCUCUAGUUAAGCAGUAUUCUAAAUCUCAUUCUUUUCCAGCCUGUUCAUUACACCUUCUCCUUGUUCCUAAAUUUUGUAUUUUGAUCUAUCUUUUCUUUUUAAAUUAAGAACAUUAACCGAUUUUAAAUAAAAUACGUUAGGCAAGCUUCUUUGAGGGCAUUUGCUCAUAAAUGGGAUGUACAUCUCUGUAUUAAUAUGUUGCAUAUACAUUUUACAAAUUACAGCAAUAUUUCACAGUGUGGUAUGAACAAGGGAAAACCAGCAUUAUUCACAUUGUGUUAUGCAUUUACUUGAUUGAAACAAUAUUUUCCCUUUUCUGUUUAUAUUCAUUUCAUUUUUGCAGUCUCUCUGGAAUAUUUUAAAUGACAUUCCCUCUAGGCAUCAUUCAAACGGUUCCUUAGAAAAUCUGCCAGCACUGUAUCAUUACCCUGAAUCAUGUGACUCUGUUUACUCAAUCAAAUACACAGGCCUACUAUAAACACUUUAGAGAGUAACUUGAUUGUGCCCUUGGGCCUCCUUACUUUGUGGAUUCUGCUGCUCACACAAUGUUGAUGAUGCAAUACAUUUUUUUUUAUCUCUAACAAUUAGCAGCAGUAGAGAUGUCCAUGGAAACCCAGGGGAAGCAGUUAAGAAUGGAGUUAUUCCAGAAACAAAUUUGUGAUUUCAGCAACAAAUGGAUUUAUCUCUUUCCUUCUCCCUUUUUCUUCCCCUCUCCCUCCCUUUCCCUCCCUCCCUACUUUCUUACUUUGUUUUUAACAUUUGAUGUGAAGUUCUGAAGCACUUUGAAGAAGGACUGUGAGAGAAAGUGAAGGAAGCCGCUGCAUCCAGCCAGUAAUGUUCCUGACACCAGGGCAGCCCUGCCUUGAACAUGUAAUCACAUCAUGCUGUUUUUGAAAGGAGGGAAUAGAGGAAUCAGACAAAGAAGAUUUGUUGUUGAUUAUUUGGCUUUUGUUUGGUUUUGAGAAUAUACUCACACACAAGUAUAUUUUUCCUCUUGGAGUUCAGCAUUCAACCUGAUUGACCUCAAGAGCCAAUUCCAUUUCAUAGACAUCUCUCUAUGAAACCAGGCACAUAAGAUGAUAGUGACAUCAAACAGAACUGGGGUGUUUAUGCCCUUCAAUUGUUAAACUUCAAGGGCAUUUGUUGCUGUUUUAAUUUUUUCUCUUAAUUUUGACUGAGUUUGCUCCUUUUUGCCUAUAGGGGGCACUGUAGCCCACCAUGCUCCGUCUGGGAUUCUGGGUGGCCACCCUGCUCUUUAUUUUUGCUCCUGGGAUAGUCCACUGUGACUGUUGGCUGAUUGAAGGAGACAAAGGCUAUGUUUGGCUUGCUAUCUGUAGUCAGAAUCAACCACCCUAUGAAACUAUUCCCCAGCAUAUCAACAGCACUGUGCAUGACCUGCGGCUGAAUGAGAACAAACUUAAGGUGGUGCUCUACUCCUCUCUAAACCGCUUUGGUAAUUUGACAGAUCUGAAUCUAACAAAAAAUGAGAUUUCCUACAUUGAGGAUGGAGCUUUCAUGGGCCAAACAAAUUUACAGGUGCUGCAGCUGGGCUACAAUAAGCUCACCAAUCUGACUGAGGGCAUGCUGCGUGGCAUGGGCCGGCUUCAGUUCCUUUUUGUGCAGCACAAUCUGAUUGAGGUGGUUACUCCCAGUGCUUUCAUGGAAUGCCCUAGCCUCAUCAGUAUUGACUUAUCUUCCAAUCGUCUCAGUCGGCUAGAUGGAAGCACCUUCACCAGCUUGAACAACCUAAUGGUAUGUGAGCUAGCUGGGAAUCCCUUCAACUGUGACUGCAACCUCUAUGGUUUCCUCAUGUGGUUGGUAGCUUUCAACAAUGUCACAAAAAACUAUGAUCGCCUGCAGUGUGAGACUCCCCGAGAGUUUGCUGGUUAUCCGCUUCUGAUGCCUCGGCCACACCAUAGCCGCAAUGCCAUCACCAUUUUCAAGUCAAUGUGUGGGGAUGGAACUUUUCCACCCAUCUCCAGGAUCAGACCUACACAAUUCAUAACAGAUCCUCAAAGGGAUCCAGACGACAAUGCUGAAAACUCAGGCAUUAGCCCAGGGGACUUCCUCUCUGUUGAACCUCCAGAGUCUUCCACCACUGAUUCUUCCUCUAACCCCAGCAUAAAGCUCCAGCAGGUAUCCAUCAACUCAGCUGCUUUAGUGGUGACCAUUCCAUUCCCUUUUAGCAAGAUGUAUGUUCUGGUUCAGUACAAUAACAGCUAUAUAUCUGAUGUAAUGACUCUAAAAAAGAAGAAGGAAUCAGUCACUCUCACCCACUUGAAGGCUCACACAGAUUAUACAUUCUGUGUUGCUUCAAUCCGCAACUCCAAACGUUAUAACCAUACUUGCCUCUCCUUUGCCACAAGGAGUAAAGGGAGGGAAGAGCCAAUACCCAGUACAUCCACCACUACCCACUAUAUCAUGACCAUAUUGGGCUGCCUUUUUGGUAUGGUUAUUAUCCUUGGCAUUGUUUAUUAUUGCUUGAGGAAGCGUAGGAUGCAAGAGGAAAAACAAAAAUCUCUCAAUGUCAAGAAAACUAUUUUAGAGAUGCGCUAUGGUUCAGAUAUUGAUACUAGUUCAAUUGUACAUUCCUCACAGAAAUUGGGAGAACCACCAGUCAUCCCUGUCUCACGGAUGUCUUCUCUUCCAUCUAUGAUUGGAGAGAAGAUACCUUCAUCCAAAUCUAUGGAAACUGGCAUGGAGACUCCCAAGGUCACCACAAAAGGCAAUUACAUUGAGGUUAGGACCAGUGGUGGGGAUGGGCUGGACAGGUCACAGAGGGAUGAUGAUCUGCAUGAACUGGAUAAUGGCCAAGGUUCAGCAGCUGAAAUCUCAACAAUUGCCAAGGAAGUAGACAAAGUGAAUCAGAUAAUCAACAAUUGUAUUGAUGCCCUGAAGCUGGACUCCGCUUCCUUUUUGGGAGGAGGGGGUGGUGUUGAUUCUGACAUGGCUUUUGAAUGCCAGUCCAUACCAACCAGUUCUUCUGCUGGGUUGGAGCGACCAAGUUUUCUCUCUCCACCAUAUAAGGAGAGUUCCCACCAUCCCCUGCAGCGCCAGCUUAGUGCAGAUGCUGCUGUGACAAGAAAAACCUGCAGUGUCUCAUCCAGUGGCUCCAUCAAAAGUGCUAAGGUUUUCAGUCUUGAUGUACCUGAUCAUCCUCCUUUGAGCAAAGCAGAUUCCAAGUACAUCGAGAAAGGAAGUCCACUCAACAGUCCUUUGGAUCAUCUUCCCCUUGUGUCCCCAGGUGCCAUACACCACUUGGAAGUGAAACCUUACCAUUGCAGUGAACACCGGCAUUCCUUUCCAGCCCUCUACUAUGAAGAGAGUGGUGACACUUUAAGCCAACGGGUGUCCUUUCUUAAGCCACUCUCCCGUUCCAAGCGGGACUCUACAUAUUCUCAGCUCUCACCUAGACACUACUUCUCAGGCUAUUCCUCCAGUCCAGAGUAUUCUUCUGAGAGCACCCAUAAGAUCUGGGAGCGUUUCCGACCUUACAAGAAGCACCACCGAGAGGAGGUCUACAUGGCAGCUGGUCAUGCUCUGAGAAAGAAAGUCCAGUUUGCCAAGGAUGAAGAUCUGCAUGAUAUCUUGGAUUAUUGGAAAGGUGUAUCUGCUCAACAAAAGUUGUGACUCCCUCAUUAAAAGGAAGAUAAAUCGACCGUACAACAAAUUAAUGCCCUCCCCCACCUCACUGUGGAAAAAAAAUCUGACAAAAGAAACAAACCAUUUGUUAAAGUUUACAAAAAAAAAAAACCCACAGGGAAAAAAAACCCAAGUGAAAUGAAGUGUCUCUAUUGUGUUACAGGGACCAUUGUUACUCCUUCAGAUGGUGGGGAGGAGACUUUUCCUUUUAUUCUAUGGUGAAGAGAAGGGGGAUGACUGGACUUGUAGGUAGCAGAGGCAGGAGGUAAGGGAUGCUUACCAGGCAUAGACUAAGACACUAACCAUCAUUUUUUGGUUACUUUUAUUUUGUUCCACAAAAGGAAGUGAUUUUACUCAUUCCCUGACAAACGUGAGGGGGAGAGUGAUCACUCUGCUUCUAUAUCCUUUCCUUUCUUUCCUGUGCUUGCCAGGAUUUUUCAAAUGAUGCUCUAGUGCAGACAAGUCAAACUCGCAACAUCAUGUGACGUCGCAGAACAUAUCGGCACAGUUUUGUCAUUGUUGGCUAUAGGAUGGGCACGGCUUCCAUGUGACGCGUCCAACCCAUGGGCCAGCAGUUCUAGUGCAUGGGAGAUAAUUUUCUGUGAGAUGUUCACAUAAAGCUGGAGUAGCAUUUCAGUCACCUAAUUUUGUGUCUGGGGGGCAUUUGUGUAGCAAAUGUGCAUUCAGCCCUCUCCUGUGAGUAGGCAUGCUUGACCUAUGGGAAAGGUCUAUAUGCUCUCAAUGUGGAUAGGCCACUGAAAUAUUACCUCGGCUGCGUUGAUCAUGGAAUAGAUUGAAUCCAGACUUAGUCAUGAAGGAGCAGACCAAAUGGAUAUAUUUGAGGCAUGACUAUAUUGGGAUUCAAGUCACUGAUCCUUGUGCACUUAUGACAACAUUUAAAAGAUCCCAAAGUCAAGUCAAAGAUGUGACACACAUUAAGGUUUCGUUCAGGAUCUUCUGUGCUCCCUAUUCCAUCAAUCUUUGUUGAGAUUUGUGCAUGCAAAAGCAAGAACAACAUCUAAAGCUUUCUUUGCCUAUCCUCACAUGCUCAGGAUUGUCAAUUACUGUAGGCUGAUGCAGGAUAUAUGUUUUCCUUUAUUAGGGAAAGAAUUAUGAGAUGAAGCAGAUAUAUUACAGAGUCUCUGUAUUUUUUAUACCCUUCAUUGUUUGUCAAGAAGGGAGAGAAUAUUAGUUCUCAAGGAGUAUCCCCACAUUUUAGUAGAAUUUCAGUUGUCUUCCAAGAAAAGUGAAUUGUUCAGUCUGGCCCUGAUCAAGAGGGGAUGCCAAAAUAAGAGCUUGAGAGGAGAGCAGUAGCUGCAAUCCCUCUAAAAUCUCAAGGAGUUCUAACUCCAAACAAACCUCAGCAUAUGGACUUGGGGAAUAGCACACAACUCCUUCCCAGGACAUACUGUGCUCCCUUACAGAGCUGAGUUCAUCUUGGCUGUUUCACUGAAAAUAACUGGCUGUGAUCCAUGACAUUCCAUGAGGAAAACAUUACACCUCAGUGCCAGAAUUGGACCUAUAUGAUAAUAAGAUUGAAAACAAUAGAAUGCUGCAGAGGUUGGGAGAAUACAUCUUAGGGUGAUCUUGCAACAGAAAAAUGAAGGAUUGCCUUGGGGCCGGGAAGAGUGGAAUUCUUCAAGAAAACAUUCUGUGGUUAAGCUAGACAAGGUAAUGCAUAGUGGACUAACAGACUUGCCAAGAAAGCAUACAAAUGGCAUAUGGAUGGGAGGAAGGCAUAGGUACUAGUUGAUAGCAUUGGUUAGCAGACCAAGUUCACAUAUUUUCCUACCGUCUUGCUGACAUCAUCUUUUCUCCAUUACUUGGUUGGGGUUUUUUUUGCAGCUGCUGUAUUCGUGUUCUGACCACUAUAUUUCCUUAUAUUUUGGGGAAGAUAUACAGCAGAAAAUGAUUCAGAUCCAGUGAUGAAGGGAUGAGUUGAGUUAUUCAGUUGUUCUCAUGAGAACUUCAGUCAUCAUAGUUAAGGAGUUGGCACAGAUAAGUAAAUGUGCCUGGAUGUAUACAUACAUUCCAACACAUUCAUGUUCGUAUAUGGAGAGAACCAUUCUGUGUUACCCUGUUUUACUAUAAAGAUUGAAAUUAUUAAGUAUUUUACUAAGAAGAGAUUGGAGUAAAAUCCAGUUUUGAUAAGGUGCACUUGGCUCCCAAUGAAUUCAUGGGGACUUAAAUCAUGGCUAACUUAUCCCAUUGACUUCUAUGGUAUCAAAGUGAUCUAAUAGGCUAGAGAAAAUCUGUUUUCUUGUAUGAAGGGAAAAGAGGCUCCAUGUUUCUAAAUGUUUCUACAGCCUUUUAUCUCUGAUUUGAUAAACUUUACCAUGACAACGGAUAUGGCAUAUCUUUUCUCCACUGCUCACCCCUCUGCCUUGCAACAAGAAUUCAUGGGUGCAGCAAAAAUGCAUCACUAGUAGAUUAUCUUUCUCCCCUGGUGCUGGCCUAUCUCAGAACACACCAACAAAGCACAAGCUGCCACAGCCACGGAAUACAUUAGCUAUUUGUUUUCAAAGAUUAACUCCAUUGGGCAAGGACUUUCAUAGGAGAAAACUCUUCUCAAAAUAUUUAUGUUGGUAAUAUUGCCCUCUGAGAAGAGCCAGGGAAAUUCUAGAUUCAAAACACCAAACUGAUUCACUUCCUUUUCAUUGCAAGAAAAUAAAUAUGCUUCCCUGAAUUACACACUCAAACUGAGGAUGGAUGGGUGCCUUGCAGCCAGAACUAGCCUUUCUUCAUCUUGCAAGAUUUCCUCUCCCCAAUUGUUCCCUGCAGAAAGACAGUAUUAGGAAUAAUAUGUGAUGCUGGGUGACAUGGAGAAGUAAACCAAGAAGCCAACAGUGUAGUGUGCAUGGGAAAGAGUACCACAUCCUUUCUUGGGAAAAUUAUUUCCUGAAAACAGUCAAAAAGUUGGGCAGCCAUUAUUCCUGGGAGGUCAUGGGCAGAUAUCUUUCCUUCAUCCUAGCUUCACUUCUGAUAGACACUGUGCUUCAGCAACCAUAGGAGAAAAUCUUUCUCUUUACCAAAACAGUGAAGACAGAAAACUUAGUUCACAAAUGGAAAUGUCAGUCUUUUGUUAGUUUAUAUUAAAUCUCAGGGAUUCAUUUAUAAUGAAACCAAGUGAGGACUAUGAUCCCAGAAAGGAAUUCUUGGGUUGGAAAUUCAGAUAUUUAUUUUCUGAGGAAUCCAAUGAAGGACCCUGAGAAACACAUUUUGUGAAGUGAAAGUAAAUAAUAUUGGUGGAUUCAAAAAAACCCAAAUCCUAGUAGCUGAGGCUUAUAUCGGAUAUGGUGGGAUUCAGCCAGUUUGUACCACUUCAGCAGAACUGGUAGCUAAUUUUUUGUUGCCCAGGCCCAGAAUGGACUUCCAGAAGUGGCAUCCACACAGAGAACCGGUUGUUCACAUAUUUGAAUCCCACCACUGGAUAAAUGUCUGGAAUAUGUUUUUUGAGGUCUAUCUGGGAUCCCACACAUUAAUACUUUGAGGGGAAAUAAUAAUAAAAAAAAUGGGCUGUGAGAGUAACUUGAUGAAUCCUAAACAAAAAGAAUAUAUUAGAAUUCUUUGAAAAUUCAGCAUUUUGAAGGAUACUAACAUCCGUCCUGGUCUUGGUGCAUUUAUUAAGAAAUUGACAUUUUUCACAGCCUUUUUGCAUGCCAGCAUGUUCCUGUAUUGUGUGCUGUUUUGUCACACAUUGAUCACAGACUAGGGGAUUCUUUUCAGUAUGCUGGCUGUGGGCAAGCACACUAGGGCUGUAGGACAUCAUAUGGUCCCAUCCUAAAGUAAGUGGGAUAUCUUCCCUGUUGCUGUGUAUUUCUUCCAUGCUUGCCUGAUCCUAGAUAGACAUAAGAGCAGGAACAAGCACAGUUUAUGACUCCCCAAAAACACUAGGGAAUGGGAGAUAGAGAAGUGGAAGUAGGGUUGUUCAGAAGGACAUUUUUAGAAUAUUUCAGCUGUGGCAAAGGAUGUGUGAUGGAUUUUCUGGGUUGCUGAGGAACACUGACUCAUGUAGAGUUAGAAUAUGAAUCCUGGGUCAUCUCGGUGCCAUAGGAUGGUCCAAAUCUAUCUUAGAAUGCAGGUUGCUUUUUAUAUUUGAGUGGGAUGAGAAACUUCCUGGGUUUUUUUUUCCAUGAAUGUCAGCUUCUACUGUAGAAACUGAACAACCAAAAUUUCUUUCAUUUCCUCUAUUAAAAGGCAUAUAAAUACCAUCCCAGAUAGGUUUUUGCAAUCCUUAGGCAGUAAGAUAAUUUGCCUUUUGACUCGGAAUCAGGGUAAAGAAUGGUGAUGGUGGAUUAAUGGUGCAAACAACCCUCUUUUCCAUUUAUACUGCUUCACUCCAGCCUCUGUCUGUCAUCCUAUAAUCCCUAAUGUGGUAUAAUAAUAUUUAUAAGAGAUUGGGAUUUCUUUGUCACUGAUUUCAGCUUUGCUGAUACCCCUCUGAAAAGGAGUAGAAUUCAAGAUUCAGAAAAAAAUGGUAUUGGGACCAUAGCCCAGUAUCUUCCAGACGAUGGACAUUUAUAGGCCAUAAGUGAUCCAUGCCCUUUUUAUGCCCUACAAUGAAAGCCUUAGUCUGUUGAUAAAGUUUGCACAAGUUGGGACUAUUUCAGCAGGGGAUAGGAGUAGAAAGGGGAGAUAAUAGGGAAAUAAUAUUUUCCCUUUGCUUUUGUAUCUACCACUUUCCUGCCACUAUUUUCAGACUUGGAAUAAUUACAAAGUAUACCCACAGUUGGAAAAGAGAAGAUCUAAGCAUUAUAUCUGCAUGAUGAUUUAAUUGUAUUUUUCUGAGCAAAAACAUCUUUUGUGUAUCUGCUGGUUUGUCAAGACUAAACCUAAUCAUGCUCCUUUGCUCUUUCCUUUUACCUCACUCCUAACUUCCCCAUAUUUCCCUGACCACCAUUGUGAUUUGAAAACUUUGGGAGGGAAUGGACUCCAAAGAGAACCCAAACCUGGUGCCACAACAACAACAACAACAAAAAUAGCACCUCCCAGUCUAAUUCACCUGCGGGUACACUGCUUUGCAAAACUCUCUGAGUUGGUUUCAGCUUGGUUAAUUUUCAGAGGUUUGGCCCAAUCCAUUAAUUCAUGCUCAUCCUGUAACAAUUAACUCUCAUAAACCUUUAGAAAUGCUUAUUAUAGCAAGACCAAACAUUAGUUCACUAGUUGGCUCUUCUGAUGCAGAGGCAGAUUUGUUGUUCAGGAAUAGAUUAAAAACUCACGUUUUAAGGAUAUCUUGGAAAUGAAAAGGCUUUUUAAAGGCACCUUGGGAAUUUGAAGCAAUUUGUUUACAUGAAAGUCUCCCCUUGGACACAGUAGAUUGAUAAUACUAUAGUGUACAUGACCUUGAUAGCUCUUUAUAGUGGAGAUAUGCACUAAAUUAACACCUCAUUUAGUUUCCCACUAGUAUAGUUCUUCCUUACAAGUCCCAAAACAUCUCUGAGGAGAGAAUUUCUCCUAGAGGAAACUGGAGAAGAAACUUGAUAUUUCUUCUGGAGGGCUUCCAACUUGCUUUCAUUGUCCAUAAUGUUAACUGUUAUGGAGCAAUAGACAUUUUGUUUAUCCUGAUGAAAAAAGAGGGAAAGCCAGAGUUGGAUUCUGCUCCCUUUGCUAGGACCUCUUACUUCACUGGAACAGAAGCAUCAAAGUGUGUUUUCACGGAACAGAUUCUGGAUGCAGUCUGUCUUCCUGUGAUCAAUUUGGAGAAGAAUAAGGGAACAACAAAGAAGUGGUCUUUCCAUACUGAACCUUGUCCUGCAAAAAGUACACUGCUGAAGUUUUGAUCCAAUUGGAAGACACUAGAUCCUAACUCUUGUAAAUACUGCAGUGCUCUCCCAGCUUUAUUUGCCAGAUAAUUCUUCCUGAGAUGGGUGUGAAAUAUUCAUGAAUAACAAUUGAAAAUUUAUGUAAAGAAAUGCUGGCUGAAGCAGCACUGAUGUGCUUGCAAUGCUGAGUAGCUAAAAUCUUUACUGGAAGUUCUCAAAGACAACAGCCUGGAGCAGAUAGGAGGUCAUGGGAAAGGGGCCUCCACAAAAAGAGAGAACAUGGAGGGAGAGAAGGAGAUUGGUUGGGGUAAAGAACACAAUAGGAAGAGAAAAGAAGCAAAGGCUAAGAAACAUAGAAACUGGUUUUGGAAACUGGACUAAAUAUAGGUAAAGAGAAAUGUUUUUAACCAAUAAGAGGAGUAAAACUAGAGGUGAAACUGCCUCACAUUCUUCACUGUUCAAUUCCUGGUUAAUCCCACUGCUUUCACUAGAAUAAAACUUUCAUAUAACAUGAUGUGGGCAUCAGCUGUUUAGCCACAUAAUGUUGAGUCCCUGUCAUGAACCCAGAAUUUAUUAAGAUUGGCUUCAGAUAUAAAAAGUGGUACAAUGAUACAAAACAAAAUUUGUGUAUAUUUUUCUAAAAUUAUGGCAGAGUUACCAUCCAGUAUACAACUGACUGGUGGACUGGAAUCCUUUUAUUAUGAAAAUGUCCGUGGACUCCUUGGUACUUUUUGUGCUUAGUGUUUGCUUGCAGGCAUUUCAUAACCCAACUAUGUAACAUUAUCAUUGUGUGAGAGGGUGGAGUUUGUUCCCUUUGUAUCUACAGUAGCUUUGAUUUCCAGUAUUGGUGGCAAUGUGGUUUUUUUCCUUGGUAGUUCUUAGAACCUAGUGAUGAUGUUACCUAGUUGAAAGAUGAAACAUCUGCAAAAAAAAGAGCCGAGCUUAGACAACACCAAGGACUGCACAGUUUGAGGAUUUUCAAGUGUCCCUAAAAAGAAAAAUAUCAGCUGCCUCAUCUAGUUACAUAGAUGUUCAAUCUUGAGCUACAUAUAUUCCCUUCUAUUGAAAAUGUCUUAGAAUCUGCUGUAGUCUAGCCUAAAGUAUGUAUUUGUAUCCACAGCCCCCCCCCCAAGGAUCACUUCUCUCUUUCCCUCUAUUUCACCAUUUUUUACUCUACUUUCUAUACUACUGGGCCAAAUAACAAAUACAGAGCAGAAUUUAAACAGUUUUGCCUGAAUUUGUGAGCACAAAGUAGUACUCUAUUAAACGAAUAGAGAAAGCUGGAUUUAAAUAAAGUUUAGUCCUUGAGAAGCCAGAAUAAAUUCCUGUCUAUUUCUGACUGGAAAAUAUAGAAAAAACAUCUUAGGAAAAUAAAGCAGAAAUGGUGAUGAUUUGAUUUUGAUCCUGAAGAAUUAUAACAAAAUUAAAUAAAUAAAAAAUUAAUGUCAUGAGAGCAGUACUGCAAAGAACCUCAAAAUCAGCUUAACUGACUAAUUCAAGCUCUUCCAUGAUUGCCUUAGAUACACAGAAAUUCUAACAUCCUAUAUAUAUAAAAAUGGUACCUUUUGCAUCAUUUCCCCAAGCUAAUCUUAAGAAUUCAAAUAAAUGCCCAUCAGCCCAUGCUGUCCUUAAAGGCUUUCCCUAAACCACCUGUCCACCCUCUGACUUAAUCUUUACCACUGCUUACUUUCAUGUGUGGUGGAUGACAAGAGGAGAGAAAAGAGACUUUGCAUCUGAAUAUCUUAUUAAUCCACAUGUUAAGGCAAUAGAGGCAGUGGUGGGAUUCAGCCGGUUCACACCAGUCUGGCAGAACUGGUAGCUAAUUUUUUGUUGCCCAGGCCCAGAUUGGACUUCCAGAAGCGGCAUCCACACAGAGAACCAGUUGUUCACAUAUUUGAAUUCCACCACUGAAUAAUGGAAACAGUAACCCUCCUUGCAAUGCAUUGUUGCUCUUGGUACUAUUGAAAGGUGAGUCAAGCAAAUGCAGAGACAUGUUUGGAAUAAUGGGGAAUUAUGGGGUGAUUAUUUGGUGACUGCAGAGAUUAGUUAAAUAGGCAUAAGAAACCAGGGAAUCUUCACUGGCUUUGUUUUAGCCUGAGACAGACCAAAAGUUCAGUGAUAGUGGUUUUUACCAAUUCUAAGAAAAAAGAAAGAAUAGCUUAUGGUGGGGUAAGAAUAAAAAUAUUGAAAGUGGGAGAGAAAAUAUAUCUGAAACAAAAUAAUCAGAUUAGAUUUCAAGUUAGCAGUGAAAAUAAAUAUUUUAAUGAGAGCUCCACUGGAAUAUCAGCACAGAUAGUGUGCUAAAUUGCUGAAAUAGAAGUCUGGAUGAAGAAGCAGGUAUGAGUCUGGGCAAGAGCAAUUUGGAGGGUUCUUGAAACAUUGUGACCAAUUGUGGGAACUCCCCUUAAAUAUAAGCUUAUAUAUGUUAGAUGGAAAAAGCAUAACAUGAUGCAGUACAUUAUUCAGACAAUAUGGCAAGAGGAACUUUCCCUGAAUUAAGCAUCACUAAUUCAGCCAAAGCUACUUGAGAAGAAUGCAGCCACAGAAGAAAGAAAAUCAAGAACAGUUAUAUCUGCUCCAGUUUCCUUGGCCUAACAUGCAAAGGAGUAGCAAAGUUAGUGAACAGUAAGCUCAUCUUUCCAUGUGGAAAGUCCCAUGUUUAUAUGGAGGCCACAAUCCAUUGUUCAACAGCCAUGACGCUGCACAUAAAUAGAAGUGCAAUCCUUCAAGGGUCAGGGACAACAGCCUCCCUAGAGUCACAGUGUAUGAACUACAACAUUGGGAAGUUGUUCUUUAAUGAAUUUCACUGUGAAGUAUUUUGUACUGAAUUUUAUUUUUUCCUUUUUUUGUGGGGGGAUAUUUCCAGAGUUUGAGGAAAAUUUCACCCCCCACUAUGCUCUUAAAAUCUUUGCUUUUAGGUACUUUGUGAUGUUUUACUCCAUGAAACAGAUGUUAAUUAUCUUGAAGUAUUUUCAUGGACAGUCCUUCCUAUUGCAAACUGGGAAAAAACUCAGCAUCUCUCUGUUGUAUCUUAUUCACAUUGAAGAUUUAACUUCACAAGCUCCAGAGCAUCAACCUUAUCUUGAAAAGAGACUGCAAAUGGGAUAUUUGUCCUCAAAUACAAGUACACAUUCUUGUUUCAUCAUCUGGAUGGAUGGAUGAACCUCCCUAGAUCAGUGUUUCUCAACCCUGACAACUUUUAAGAUGUGUGGAUUUAAUUUAUCAGAAUUCACCAGCCAGCAUGUUGGCUGGGGAAUUCUGGGAGUUGAGGUUCACACAUCUUAAAGUUGCCAAGGUUGAGAAACACUGUCAUAGAUUCUUAUUUCUCCCAUUCCUUAUUUCCUCUAUUCUUGACCUUUAAUUCCUAUGAAUGUCCUUGCUUUCAGGUGUCUCCUACACUCCUAAUCCUGUAAUAAAGCCUUUCCGAGCCUGGUCCCAACUUGGACUGCAAUUCUUAAAAUUCUCAGUUGUUGGGAAUUCAGGGAGUUGGAAUCCUAAACAUCUGGAGGACAACACAUUGGGGCAGUCUAUUACACCACAAUAUGUGGGAAAAGAGACAUUUAUAAAAGGGGUAGAAUCUCAGCUUUGCCCUGCCACCCACAAGCACAGAAUUGGGGUACAAGAGUGGGGGGUAACCCCUCCCCCAGUUUCUUUCUUGAGUCCCUCUUCUGCUCCCCUUGAAUGUAAUAUACAAUUUGAGGCAGCUGCCGGUUUGGGUCCUCACCAGCCACUUGGGUUCCCUCCUUCUGUUACAAUCCUGUGAACCUUGGUUGUGUAUGGGGAUUUAUUUUUGAAAUUUGUCUUUAUUUUAGGUUUAAUUUUGAUUUAAUAUAUUUUUUUUGUUUCUCGCCACUCCAUGUUUUAAACUGAAUGGCACGACUUUUUUUUCCCUUGAAUCGGAGAUUCCUGUAUGGAGAAAAUCGAUUUCUAUAUUUGCAAUAAAUUUCUUAUUUAAAAAAAAAGAUAAA